CCUGGUGACCCGGCCCACCCGGUGUCCGUGCACGGUAAUUUCUGUCUUAUAUGCUUGUUUUAAUAGGGCAAAACAGCCCACAUCAAGUGGCUGUAGGAUAUGGGAGGUGUGAGGAGGCAUACAGAGAGUAAUAAUUUUGUUCUCCUCACACAGAUCCUGGAAGGCAAGCGACUUGUGGCUCUCAUGGCCAUCAAUAAUCAGCAGCCGGUGGCUACCCACUGUCUGGGCUGUUGUAUGCUGGAUGAAGUGCUUCAGCCACUCUAGGCCCAGUUCAUUUGUUGUCCAGCCAUUCUUGCUAACACCAAUACGCCAAUCCUUUAGGUUGUGAUACUAGGCUUAGUUGUAGUUCUUUGCUUUGAAGAUAAUAAAGGGCAGGAUAACCCACCCUAUAGCAUUGAUUGUGGCAAUCAACAUUGCCCAUUCAUGGUUGCUAGGCUAGACUCUAAGUGGCUUAAGACGCCUCUUAGACGCUGUCACUACCUUGACAGACCCUCCAACACCUAUCUGGAAGCUAGUCUUGUUAAAGUUGUAGAUCACUGCACAAGACUCUCUGGUGAUCGCGCUGUCUGGUUACCUGAGACUUAAUCUCAGGCUUCUAGUUUACAAGGUGCCUGG